AUGUCUCUUGCAACUCUCGAUACCACUCAGCAUCCAUACCUCCCCACAGCGUCCGCGACGCUCUUUAGAGCCAAGGCUGCCAAAAAGCUCAGCUUCGAAAGAAUCGGCGAGCACCUCGGUCGCAAUGAAGUAGCCGCAGCGGCCAUUUUCUACGGCCAGGCCAAAGCAUCCCAACAAGAUAUUGAAAGGCUGGCUAGUCUACUCGGAAUCCCCCAGCAGCCCUUGGAGGAACAACUCAGUGGGUUCCCCGAUCGCGGUCGCACGGUGGAGAUGCCCCCCAAGGAACCUCUUAUCUAUCGACUUUAUGAGAUUGUGCAGAACUAUGGAUAUGCCUACAAAGCAGUUCUGAAUGAGAAAUUCGGGGAUGGUAUUAUGAGUGCCAUUUCUUUCUCUACCAAGGUUGAGAAGGAGACUGACGAGGACGGUAAUAACUGGGCUGUCAUCACUCUUCGUGGAAAAUGGUUGCCCUUCUCUCGGUUUUGA